AUGAGAGAAAUUAUUCACGUUCAAGCUGGUCAAUGUGGUAAUCAAAUUGGUCAAAAGUUUUGGGAAACUAUCUCUCAAGAACACGGCAUUGACACCAACGGUAACUACGGUGGUGACAACGAUCUUCAAUUAGAACGUAUCAAUGUCUUUUACAAUGAAGGUUCUCAAGGCAAAUAUGUCCCAAGAGCUGUUCUUGUUGAUCUUGAACCUGCAACCAUGGAUGCCAUUCGUGGUAGCCCUUACGGCAAAAUUUUCCGCCCUGAUAACUUCAUCAACGCUCAAUCUGGUGCAGGUAACUCCUGGGCAAAGGGUUAUUAUACUGAAGGUGCAGAGUUAGUCGAAUCUAUCAUGGAUGUCAUCCGCAAGGAAGCCGAAAAUACCGACUGCCUUCAAGGUUUCCAACUCUGUCACUCUCUUGGUGGUGGUACCGGUUCUGGCCUGGGUUCUCUCUUGCUCUCUAAGAUUCGUGAGGAAUACCCCGAUCGUAUCUUGAGUACCUACUCUGUUGUACCUUCUCCUAAAGUAUCCGACACCGUUGUUGAACCUUAUAAUGCUGUUUUGUCUGUCCACCAACUCGUUGAAAACUGUGAUGCUACUUUCUGUAUCGAUAACGAAGCUCUUUACGACAUUUGCUUCAGAACUCUCAAAUUGACUAAUCCUGGUUAUGGUGAUUUGAAUCAAUUGGUCUCCGCUGUCAUGUCUGGUGUCUCUACCAGUUUGCGUUUCCCUGGUCAACUCAACAGUGAUUUGCGUAAGCUCUGUGUCAACAUGGUUCCUUUCCCUCGUCUUCACUUCUUCAUGGUUGGUGUCGCUCCCUUGACCGCUUUCGGUUCUCAACAAUACCGCAACUUGAGUGUUCCUGAAUUGACUGCUCAAAUGUUCGAUGCCCGUAACAUGAUGGCCGCUUCUGAUCCUCGUCAUGGUCGUUACUUGACUGCUGCUACCAUCUUCCGUGGCCGUUUGUCUACCAAGGAAGUCGAGAACCAAAUGUUGGCUGUUCAACAAAAGAACUCUUCCUACUUUGUUGAAUGGAUCCCCAACAGUGUCAAGACCUCUCUCUGUGAUAUCCCCCCUGUUGGCCUCAAAAUGUCUGGUACCUUCAUUGGUAACAGCACUGCUAUCCAAGAUUUGUUCAAGCGUGUCAACGAGCAAUUCACUGCCAUGUUCAGAAGAAAGGCUUUCUUGCAUUGGUACACAGGUGAAGGUAUGGAUGAGAUGGAAUUCACUGAAGCCGAGUCCAACAUGAACGAUCUUGUAUCCGAAUACCAACAAUACCAAGAAGCCACUAUCGAUGAGGAAUAUGAUGAAGAAUACCCCGAGGAGGAUGAGGAUUUACCUAUGGACGAUGACCAAUAA